UUCACAUUUCUGCAUUCGUCUCUUGUGAACAAUAGAGUGCCUUCAACAGCGACUGAAGAUGCUUUCCCUUAUAUAGCAUCUCGUCCCGUAGGAUGGCAUCGUCUGACCUGCUCAACAAUCUCCCGGCAUCAGCCUCGAUUCCGGUCUAUGGCCAUUGGGCUCUUCGAUUUCACGAGACUAUUCAAUGUCGACGGUAUACCAUCGCCUCGGAGGACGCGAAAGCCGGGUCGUCGUCCCUCGAUCCUGACCUGAGACUCGAGCAUGCGUGGAGACAGAUCAAUAGCACGACCUUGACCGAUGUUGCAGAUAUACUUGACUCUGGUUGUGCGAUCGUUGCUCCAGUGAAGAAUGAACAGAGUCCUGAAAAGUCUUCCGACUCUACUCCCUGCCUCUGGGUAUUCAGUUCAGGUCGGAAAGAGUUGAACAUUCCUGGUCUUCAAGAGGAACCAGAGGCAUCCAUAGACCCCUUGGACCUCAUCUCGUGUGAUGUCCAUGGAUCCAACUAUGAUUGUCUGAAAAGACCAGGCGUGCGAGAAGGCGGUACUGUGGAGUCGAGGGAUAAGUGUCGAAAUCUGCGUUGGACACCCAAACCUGCCGUGGCACGCGCUUGGAGCUUGUUGACGGACGCUCUGGUCGAAAGUCUCGCUUGGAGAAAGGGGAGGAGAGUGAUUAUGCAACCGAUUCAUCAAGCAUACGAGGGGCAUACGGAGCUACAAGGUCUAUUAUAUCCGCUGUCGAGAGACAAGUGCGCGCUUCGGAUUCAGGCGAAAGAGCCUCCUCGCAUCUCGCCGAAAGAUCUCAAUGUCCUCGACAUGCCCAAUCAGCUUGUCUUUGUCCGCCCAUUGUACCUACCUGCCAUCACGUUGGGGCCCUUCAGCCCGAACGAUACUCAAUCCACCAUCCUCUCCGAAUCCUUUUCCGCGGCGCUCGGCUCCACUUGGAAUACAGAUAGGACAGGCAAGCAAUUGGUCACUGAGUUGGAUCGAACUGUGUAUAAUGCUUGGUCAGUGGUAUGGGUACCGAGGCUCAAGUCGAACGAUAAGAGCGUCGACAGCUGGACAUUGAGCCAGGGUAUCUUGACCGUCUGGCCCACUCACCUUCUCCUGGAUGCGUGUCCGACUCGCCCAACCUCAAUACCUGUCUCUCAACCUCCUGGAUCCAUCUUCGCUUCGACCACGCCAGACGACCUCAUGGCCUCAGCCACGGAGAUCUAUCAACUCAUGUCCAGGGAAGCAUCUUUUCCAACCGCACAGUUUCAUCCCUCGGACGCGACAACUGUCGUCCCACCUGAUCAAUCCGCAGCGGUCAUCAGCCCCGAGUCACCCAUAUUCGGCUCCGAGUCUGAGCAGGGCGACAAGUCCGACAUUGAUGACCUCUUCUCUGCUCAUUCCGGUGAAGACGAGCCAGUGGUAGAGACAAAACGUCCUGUCAAAGCAGAAGUCGACUUUGAGCUCUUGUCAGAGAUCGCGGACGAAGAUGAGGUGCAAGAGGAAGAGAAGCAGGUCCAAUUGGAGCGAGACGUCAUCAUGGACUUUGCACAGGAACAGGAUUCGGAAGACGAAGGCGAAGGCGAGGCGGAAGGUGAAAUCACUCAGAUCACCGAAGAUGACUUUGCGUUUUUCGACUCGCCGAGAUCACCCCAGGAUGAGGUGUUUCCUACUGCGCAGACGGAAGAAGAACCUUAUAGGGCUCCCGAGGAGGAGGCCGCGGAGCCUGUAGAAACGGUCGAGCCAAAGCCCGAGCUGGACGAGCACCCGGUAGAGGCAAAAGAGACCGAUGGUGACACAAGUAUCGUCAGACCCGUCAAGCAGGUCCAAUUUGCGCCAUCGCCACCUUUACUUGAUCAUUCUCACACGCACAGCAGCCCAGAAUUCGAUCUCAUCCCGACCGACUUUGUACCGCUACAUCUCGGUCCAGUUCGCGCUUCUGCCUUCCCUUAUUCUCUCCCCUCUCCCGCCACUACUCCUGAGGCUUUGCGCGUCGAACUGGUCGAUCGCCUCCGUAAGCCAAACUCCAAGUACAAGGAUGAUUACGCCGCUGCAUGGGACGUGGAGUCUGAUGUCUCUGAUAUGGAGCCGGAUGAUGGCUCGCCACCAGGACCGCUCACCCCAGAAUCCAUGAUGGAUGAUGGUAGCGCAGCGGGAAAUCAGAGUCUCAUUUCAACGGAAAGUGCUUCAGAAGCUGAUCAAGAACUUCGCUGGCGGAGCAAGAAAUGCAUCUCCGCCGACUGGUUGUGGUUACGGGAGCAAGCGGUCGAUGUCCUUGCCGUGCCUUGGGAAAUCGGGUGGGCUGGUGGAAGCAAGUCCGAUGCCGCAGUGGAGCCAGAAGAUCAUGUGGUUGACUCAUCCAUACUCGAGGAGCUGGACUGUUCGCGCCUGGCAAACCAUAUCUUGGCGGAUCGUCACUUGCGGAUGUAUAUCGAGGGAUCUGAUGCGUUCCGUGUCAAUGUGGCAGUCGCGGAAGCACAUGAAGAUGACACUCUCGCAUGGAUGCGACAAGGCUCGGCACUGUGCGAGUUCAUUGAUCAUCAUGACAACGAGAUGCACAACCCGUCUGGCAACCCAAAGUCUUUGGCACCUUUGAGCGUCCACGUCGGGUUCGCCGGUAGUGUGAUGAGCCUGGGUGCUGCUGGCCUAAGGUACUGGCCACAAUUGGGCCUCGAACCGGUCGGUGGGAGAAAGGACAUUGCAUUCUCUGUCCUGCAUGAGAAGGCCAGCGGGGCGGAAGGCGCGACGUUGCGUUUCCUCCAGGCACUCGAAGGCGUCUACGAGAGCCUUGGAUUGGGGAAAUUGACAAAGCAAGGGAGUAUCUGGGAGCAAGUCGCAGCGUGCGACCCAUCGGAUCUGGUAAUCACGCUCAACACACGGCUCUGUCAAGAUCUCGACGGCGCAGCCAUCUUUUGCAUACUUUUCUCGACCGACCUGCAGACCAUCAUCCGCGCUGGAUUCUCGUCAAAGAUCAUCGAUCCGACCCAGGAUGGACACAUCUAUCAUAUCUUUCCAGGGCGCUUCCCAUCGCAGGAAGAUCUAGUCACCAUCGCUUUUGACAUUUACGAUCGGAUCCCUAGACCCGUCAGGCCGAUAUCCAUUCGGGGUCUGCCCAUGAGUUCCUCGGUCGCCUCCAUCCAAUCACCUCACUUCACCUUGGUCAAUGAGGAUCAGCGGAAGCCUGAAUUGACUCUGGCCUGGCCUCUCAAAUCCUACGACGUCAUGAACCGAUGGACCAUGAUUCAUUGUGCGUACGAUUACGACGAGGAUCUCGACAUGGCCGUGGCAAUGGUGCUCGAUGAUCAGGGCCAGUCGUGGCGCCUGGGCACCUUUCUGGGUUUGAAGGAUUCCGGGACCCGCAUUGCCAAGCUUUGGGAUUAUAUCAACGACGUUGCCGAGCAAAUGGCGGUAGAGUAUCGUCUGACCAUCUUUGCGCCACCUACGUUAUCCGUUGUCGAACUGAACUGUUGGAAAUCUGCCAUUGUAAAGUCGAAAAUACCUACCUCUAUCGUGCAUGCCUCGGGCACGGCAUCAAGUCGCAUCAAACAAACAUCACUGAAACCGAUCGGAGCCAUCCCGCCGGCGCUAUUUGCCGACGCCUCAACAAGGCUCAUUGACGAGUCUUUGACAGCGUAUUACGCUAGUCACUACACACGGGCACCCGUGCAUCUCCCUGCGAGACCAGACUCUUCAUCGCAUCACCUCUUGUUCCCUCACUCGGUGUUCCUGCUCAGCAUCGCGAUGCCGAAUCUCAGCUACGAAUCGACAACACUCUCUGUCCUUUAUCACGAGUCACCUCCCGGCAAAUCAGACGAAGACAUUUCGCUACUUCUUGCGGGAGCGAUCUAUCGAUUGAUCGCGCUCGGAAGAUUGAGAUUUGGCUUUGACUCUAGUCGUCCUGCACAUGUGGAAGGAGUGAACAAGGUAUUGUCGUGUUUCAGAAAGAUUGCAGCGGUGUAGAGGCAAUGUAAUAUCUUUU